GAGAGAGAGAGAGAGAGAGAGAGAGAGAGAGAGAGGGAAAAAUGGUGAUGCUAUGCUUCGUGUUGGAUCUGCGGAGCCUACCGCCUUCAUUACUUCGAGACUUGAAGCAAUCACUGUUGCAACUCGCGAAUUUUUACGCUGUUUGGGCUCCAAUCGGGGAGAUACCGAAAUUCAAAUCCCUCAGCGAUCGAAUUGGCCUGUGCUAUCUCUACAAGAAUCGGAUUACUUGUUUAGAUGAGCUGAAGGUGGCACACACACCGAGAGGAAACUUCAAUCUCCGUGAUUUCCACCAUGCUGUCAACAACUUGCCUACCAAUGCUUUCUUGCCUGAGCUCAAUGACAGCGGAGCUCUUUGCUGUUGCGAUGUGAAACUUGCAAGCAUCCUAAGCAACAAAGUUUUGUACUCUUGGGGUGGUCAUGAGAAAGAUCUUUCAAGAAAAGUGAUACUGAUCAGCACAUGUGUGGUUGAGAAUCCAGAUUCACUUAUGAACGAUAUUCUCAUGGAGGCAGCAGAUAAGUGUGUUUCGGUUGAGUUUUUAUUGCUGGAGCAACAAUCAAGCCAUCUUGGUGAUUUAUCUGAAACUAUCAGCAACUUUGUGAAGCAUAUUUCUGAUCUUGAGAAUUGCUCAUUCCGUGCCUAUAUGCCAGAUGCACAAGUAUUAUGUGGUCUGGUAAAACAAUGGCUACAAGAGUUGAAGGAUGACAUGGAUGAACCAUUACAGGCUCGGUUUAUCUUCAAGAGCACCCUUUUUGGCUCUCUGAACCUAAUAUCCUGCAAUUUGUCUGCAUCUUCCAAUCACAUAAUUGAUGAGUUCCGUCCCUGUCAGACAUGCAGUUGUCAUGGCAUCCCAUUAGAUGAUGAAUUUGGACAACCAAUCAAGCGGGCUUCUUGUUCAGUUACGGGCGAUGAUCUGGAAAAAUCAGAUUUAGAUGAAAAUUCUGUGAAGAUUGGGGAACAUACGGUUCUAUUUCUGCCCUCAUUCCAGAACUGCGUGAAGCUCGAACGUGUUGCUCAGCCAGUUGACUUGAUUGUUAUUGAAAGGACUAAAUUGGGGUCCGUGAAUGAAGGGCUUAUUAUGGGGACUUCAUUCAUUGUAGGUCCAUCAGCUUUCCAUGAAUCAGAUGAAAUUGAUAAGUCAGAGCUAAACACUCAACUUUUUUCAGGGCUUUGCAGUGCACUACAUUCCCUCGACCAAGGUUUAGUUUGCUUUUCAAAGUGUAAUAUAGAGACUAUGAGGGAGGCUCUCUUCCACUGCUAUUAUCUUCUUCUACCUUCAGAAAAGGGAUUAAUGCUUCUCAGGCGACUUGCAGGAUUGGAAGAAGUUUUACCUUUACCCGAUGUUAGUCAGCUUAUGGGUUCCUCAGCAACAAAUGAGAUAAAAAAUUCCAUUCAAGCCUCUUUGCUGAAGAUGGAAGUAAGAGAAUACAACCCAUUCCUUCAUGAGAGAGGUUUCCAUCAAAAGCUAAACUUGCUUGUUAAAGAGAGCUUGCAAUUGGGGUCAAUACGUCCCAUCUUGAAAGAGGUGACCGCUGAACGGAACUCUACCCAGUGUGAUUCUUCAGAAGAUGCUUUUGUACCCUCAAAGCCAACAGCGAAAGUUGUUGUCAUAGAAGAGGAAAUCCCACAUUCGGAUCCAACAAUGGGAGAAGAAGACCGAGAUUCUGCUCGUGUUACUGAAGAAUGGGAAAACCUGAUCGUCAGUGAAGCACCUAAGAUAAGUUCUCCUUCUUGUAUUUUCCAACCUAAGUAUGAUCGUCUAGUUCUAUCACCACAGGACAGUAACAGGCAACUGGAUGUGAAAACGUCUCGGAUACUAGAGAGGCUAGAGGUCCCAAGGGAGUUGAAAAGAAAGGCACCUCUGGUGCCAACUAAGGCACCUCUCGUCCCAUUCCAACCUGUUUGUGGUGCAGACCAGGGCACACCAUCUAGCCAGCCAAUCAAACCCAAUUUCCAAAGGAUCAAAAGAAGACAAAGAUGAAGGAGAGAUUCUAGCAGGACAGAUACAGUGGAUUUGUUAGUGGUUUCUUCUUUUCCUUGCGCUUACUAUAUUUCGCAAUGCAUAGGAUCAUGUUUUUCAUACGAAACAGUUUUGUCUGUAAGGCACGAAUUAUAAUGAAAAUCAACCAAAAGUUCCAUGCUGGAAGUGAAUUCACU